AACCUGGAAUUUUAUCAUCAGAGUGCUUAUGCCAAAGAGAAAAGAGCCAGUGACGGUGGAGCAGCAACACUGGUAGUAGUGGCAAGAUCAGAAGGCAGGGAGCUUUAAGGCUCUCUGUCUUUUUCCACCACUUCAGAGAAAGAAAGAAAGGAGCCAGUUCCCUUCAUAGGAGUUGCAACUCAGAUUCAACAAUGCUAUUCCCAACAAGAAUAUGUUGCUUUAAUCUUUCCUUCGUCUCUCUCUCUUUGUUGCUCUUGUUAACUUUGGUGGGCAAUGUACUUUCUGGUGUGACCUAUGACCGCAAGGCCAUCGUCAUCAAUGGGCAGAGAAGAAUUCUUAUCUCUGGUUCUAUUCACUACCCCAGAAGCACCCCCGAGAUGUGGGAAGAUCUAAUUCAGAAGGCAAAAGAUGGAGGCCUUGAUGUUAUACAGACUUAUGUGUUCUGGAACGUGCAUGAGCCUUCUCCUGGAAAUUAUAAUUUCGAAGGAAGGUUCGAUCUUGUUCGGUUUAUUAAGACCGUCCAGCGAGCUGGUCUUUUCGUUCAUUUGCGAAUUGGGCCCUAUGUCUGCGCAGAAUGGAAUUUUGGGGGACUUCCUGUUUGGUUAAAGUAUGUUCCUGGAAUCAGUUUCAGAACAGAUAAUGGUCCUUUCAAGAUGGCAAUGCAGAAGUUCACGGAGCAAAUUGUGUCAAUGAUGAAGAGUGAAAAGCUCUUUGAAUCUCAAGGAGGGCCUAUCAUCUUGUCUCAGAUUGAGAACGAGUAUGGUUUAGAGGCCAAGGCACUAGGGCCUGCAGGUCAUGCAUAUAUGACAUGGGCUGCAAACAUGGCAGUGGGGACAGAAACAGGUGUUCCGUGGGUGAUGUGCAAAGAAGAUGAUGCCCCUGAUCCUGUGAUCAAUACAUGCAAUGGUUUCUAUUGUGAUUACUUUUCUCCCAACAAACCUUAUAAGCCUACAAUGUGGACGGAGGCAUGGAGUGGCUGGUUUACAGAGUUUGGUGGUACACUUCGUGAAAGGCCAGUAGAAGACUUAGCAUUUGCAGUUGCUCGUUUCAUCCAAAAGGGUGGUUCCUUUGUUAACUAUUACAUGUAUCAUGGAGGAACAAAUUUUGGGCGAACUGCUGGAGGGCCUUUUAUCACAACGAGCUAUGACUAUGAUGCCCCAAUUGAUGAAUAUGGUAUGAUCAGGCAACCAAAGUGGGGGCAUCUCAAAGAGCUGCACAGGGCAAUUAAACUCUGUGAGCAUGCCUUAGUUUCUGCGGAUCCAAUUGUGACUAAUCUAGGAAAUUUCCAGCAGGCUCAUGUCUUCUCUUCAGAAUCAGGUGGAUGUGCAGCCUUCCUGACAAAUACUGAUCCAAAACUUACUGCAAGAGUGUUUUUCAACAAUAUGCACUAUUAUCUACCUCCUUGGUCAACCAGCAUCCUUCCAGACUGCAGAAACGUAGUAUUUAACACAGCCAAAGUAGGAGUACAGACAUCAAAGACGCAAAUGUCCCUAGGCAGUAGCCGAUCUCUUUCUUGGGAGACAUAUGAUGAAAAUAUCAACUCCUAUGAAGAUAACUCAAUGACAAUGGUUGGAUUGUUGGAGCAAAUAAAUGUCACUAGAGAUACCACUGAUUACCUGUGGUACAAGACAAGUAUCUAUAUUGAUCAUUCUGAAGCUUUUCUGCGGAAUGGCCAACAUCCUGUUCUUUAUGUUCACUCAGCAGGGCAUGCCUUGCAUGUUUUUGUGAAUGGGCAGCUUGCAGGAACUGCAUAUGGAAAUGGUGAAAAUCGCCAAUUUACUUUUACUGGUAAUGUAAACCUGCGAGCUGGAGAAAAUAUCAUUGCCCUCCUAAGUGUAGCUGUUGGUUUGCCGAACAUCGGCAUGCAUUAUGAAUCUUGGAACACAGGCGUUCUUGGUCCAGUUGUGCUCAAGGGUCUUAACAAAGGAAACUGGGAUUUGACCUGGCAGAAAUGGACUUACCAGGUUGGUUUGAAGGGAGAAAAUUUGAAUCUGCACUCUCUGGAAGGGGUUUCUUCUGUGGAAUGGGCACAAGGGUCACUAUUUUCAAGGAAAACUCAACCACUAACUUGGUACAAGGCCUAUUUUGAUGCACCUUCUGGUAGAGAUCCACUAGCUUUGGACAUGGGCAGCAUGAAAAAGGGCCAAGUAUGGAUUAAUGGACAAAGCAUUGGAAGAUACUGGCCAGCAAAUAUUGCACAGGGUGACUGUGGCGAAUGCAGAUAUACUGGGACUUUCCGACAGCAAAAAUGCCAAAGUGGCUGUGGACUACCCACUCAACGCUGGUACCAUGUGCCCCGUUCAUGGGUGCGCCCAACAGGCAACCUCCUUGUAGUAUUUGAAGAGAUAGGAGGUGAUGCAUCUGGGAUAUCCCUAGUUACAAGAUCUCUGGCAAGUGUCUGUGCAGAUGUCUCCGAAUUUCAUCCUUAUUUGAGGAACUGGCACCUUGAAAAUUAUGGCAAGACAGAAGUGCUACAACAGCCUAAGAUCCAUAUUCACUGUGAAGAAGGACAAACCAUAACAGCAAUAAAAUUUGCAAGCUUUGGUACUCCACUUGGUUCAUGUGGUGAUUUCCAGUUGGGAGCUUGCCAUGCUCCAGAUUCACAUUCAAUCCUUGAAAAGAGUUGCAUAGGACAACAGAGAUGCUCGGUCGCCGUAUCAAACACUGAAUUUGGUGGAGACCCAUGUCCCAAUAUAUUGAAAAGAGUAGCUGUGGAAGCCAUAUGUGGUUAUACCUAAACAAAUCUGCGAAGGCACUUAUCAUAGAUGUGAAAUUCCUCAUAUAUCAAAUGUUUUUCUGCUUUGUAAUCUAAAAAGUUGAAAGGAAAAAAAGGGCACAUAAUAGUGUGGCAAAGAAGGUGAUUUUAUGGGUGGUUGUAGAUUGUUCAUAGUAGUGUUUCAUUGGUACAUGUAAUUCUUAUGGGGUCUUAAUUGUGGCUCUCCAUGUAUUGGAUGUCAGGUUUCGGUCCUUGCCUUAACCGAUAUUUCCCAUUUGAAAAAUGGAAAUGAAAGCAACAAGCUCAUUUGCUUUAUUUUCAAA